CUGGCUAACUUCCUGUGUACUGGUGACUCCGUCUCUUUUUCAUAAUUGUUGAACGUACUCGUUGUUUGGGCGCCCUUGGAGAGGUUCAGAAGGUAACCAUGAAGAAGAAGUACGCAGGGGAUGAAUCUGAAAAUGAAUUUUCGGUAGACGAGCCUGAGGAACUGCAGGGUUCCGACGAUGACUGGACUCCGGGGUGUGGAGAAGGUACGGGAAGGCGACAGUCACGUCGCUUAAGGAACUCGACAGCUACCAAGAAGCCUCGCCUAGCAGAACCAAGUACGAGUGAAGAGGAAGAGGAGGAUGAAGGUUCUGAUGAGUCAGAAGGCGAAAAGCCCCGUGCCAAAAAGUCGAAAUCACCAGCAAAAGGUGGAAGAGGGAGACCCAAGAAGGUUCAGCAAGUUACUUCCACAUCAGCCCCACCUGCCAAACCAAAGGGGAAACCCACUGACAGCAUUGUCAGUUGUGAGGCUACGUCAACCACGGGUGCACCAACUCUUCCCACGCCAACUGAGAAAGAAUUCACUUCUGGGGCAUUCGUGGUUCUGAAGACGGAUUUCCAGAAUGGAGGAGACCCUCCCAUCUGGAAAAUUGAUGGAAAAGCUCUGCUGCAGAAGUAUGUCCCAUUUGAACAGGAUGGGAAGACCCUUUACAAGAAUACAUCCACAUACUCUGGCUGGUCUGCAAACAACAAAGAGAUGUACUAUCCAGCACCUAUUGUUUUUAAAAUGCAAAAUCGGAAAGAGACUAUUGUUGAGUUCCUAAGGGAUGCGAUCAAAGAGUGAGUAUAGAUGACAGUGAAUGAUGAGGUGUGGAAGAAAAUGUAAAGAAAGAAGAGGAAAAUCAGUGGGAAAUUUUUAUAACAAAAAUAUAUUAUAAUGUUGGUGGUCAACGAAGAAGGUUUGAACAUAUGAUCAGACAUUAUAUUAGUUGAUUAUGACCUUGCUCCAUGUUCCUUUGUUCUGCCUUAUAUCAUUGCCCUUGUCCUUUCCCCAAUCCAUUUCUGGCAGCAAACUGUGUGUGUCUAUAUACACACACAUCUGGUCUCUUAAGCCUGUAUUCAGUACAACAGUUUUAUUCAAAGAGAAAAUAAUUUUGGGUGAAUGUGAGGCAGAAUCAGUAAGAAUUUCCAUCUUCUAAUUUAAUUUUGCCCUGAAACAAAUUGUAGCUGUAAUUCUUGUUGUGAGCUAUUUCCUUACCUUCUGAACAAGUAAAAUGUAUAUAAUAAUUACUUUGACAGGAGGCAUGUGUUUAGCAGCCCAACACUGAGGUCUACUGCAUACUUUUGAAUUUGGGUGUCAUGUUGUGAGCAGACCUCUCUUUUCACAAAAUAAUCUGUGUUGUUUGCCCCCUCCUCCCCAUAUUUUAUCUUCCCAGACCUCAUCUUUCACACAAGUAGCAGAAUUCUGAAUUUUGAUUCAUUAAUCUUGAGCUGCCACUUUGUUAUUUCAUAUGUUUGUGAGUAGCAAAAUUGUAGAGUAUCUUAAAGAAGAAAACGUUUUAAAGUGGUUAUGCUGUGGGGGGAGAGGUGGGACUCUGAUAGAUUUUAUUGUAUGAGAAUGAAUUUAACAUUAUGCUCACAAAUUAUUCUUUCAGAUUCCAGUUUUUUGUGAGAUGUGACAUUCAUAUGUAUAUACAUGCUUGGUAACAAAUCACAUUGUGGGCUGAAAGCAAAAGAAACUUUGUAUGUCUGCCAGUUCAUUCUGUUGAGGCAAUGCCAUCCUAAUUCUCUUAUCCUUCCGAAUCUCUUAAUGAGCAAGUGAGGCAGUGUGUUAUUCUUUCCAGUGCCUCAUCACUGUGAACCAUAAUGGCACGGUAUCGAAACAAGUUUGGUCGAGUCUAAUUGGCACUUUUACUUUUGUUUGGAUAGAAAACUAAUGCUGAAUUUUACAUCUCCAUUUAGGAAAGAACUUUGCACACAAAUAUGCAUUGGAGUUACUCUGUACAGUUUAUUUAUAAAUGUUCCUUUAUUUUGUCAUUUGCUACAACCAUCAAUUGUUAGACAGUUAAUUUGAGUAUUAUAAUGCAAGUAAAAAUAGUAUUGCAGAUUCGAUAGUUGUAGUGUGCAUUGUAGCAGUGAAUGAAGGAGCAUUCCAAAUUACAUUCUGUAUUACCUGUGUUUUAAUUUGCUGUGGUUGUGAAUGUGCACUACACAUAUGAAAAAAUUGCUGCAAGAGUUCAUCUGUCCGAUGGAUCGAGUUCCGUCGCUUCAGUUUCUGACUAGUUAGUAUACUUAUUACUGUACUGUAUCAUCAGUGUUUCUUGGAAUUAUUAGUUGCUUAGUUAGAUGUAGUGUCUGUUGAAUAAGUACAAGAAGAAAAGUAGUCUCAUAUUUGUUUGUAUAAUUUCUAUCCCCUAAAAUGGUGAAAGUUUUGCCAUUUUUGACUUUCUCACUAAAUUUAAUUUCUUGGUUAGGGCAUAGCUUACUGGAGUAUAGUGAAGUGAUUGUCAUACUGGGGAGAGCUGUCUUUACAGCACGUUGAGGAAAAAAAAUCAGAUCAGAACUGUAUUUAGAAUUUAGAAUGCAUUUGCUAACAGUUCUGUAGAAGUUACUAUACAUGUAGAACAAAAUAAACACAGAUCAUGCAACUCUCCAGUAUGGCAUCUUAAAUAUACAAUUACCAUUUUGUAUACUGUCAGUGCUCUGUAAUGUGAAGUAGAUACCCACUGUUCGUACAAGGGAAGGACUGGUUUUAAAGGAGUGUCAGUCAUGUGGAAAAGUUAUCAUUCCUGUCUCUGUUGCAGUAGUGUUGCACAAUGAAUUGAGCACUGCACUUGCGAGAUAAGUCUGGUCACAGAAUUUUCAUGUAAUGUUUGGGUAUAAAUUUUAUAAAUUACUCUGGAAUUUUGUCAUUACACAAACUCUGCUGUUGCAGAGGGAAUUGAUACAAAUAUGUUUUCAGUUACAUCCUUAAUUAAAUGCCCAAUAUAUUUUGAAUUAAUUUAACCUAAGGGAAAUGUUGGUAAAUUGAAAUACUCUUGAAGAUUAUGUAACAUCUUUUUCUUUAAUUUCUUGUGCAAAUUUAACUUGGCUACAGGAAGUUGAAUGUUUUAUUUCAUAAUGUAUUAUGCACUUUCAGUAAUACAUUACAUUUAAAACAA